AUGACACGCUCAGAUAUACGAAUGGAUGAGCAUGCAAAGGAACGGGCACCCGCAUACGACGAUACCAGACCGGCGCAACUCCGUGACCUUGGUCUUUCCUUGCUGGGUCGCUUCGAAAGUCAUGGCGAACUGGAAGUCGCGUAUCUCGACUACGCAGUCUUGAUGCUGAAUAUCGCCGUCGAGCUCACUCCCACAAUGCACCCUUCUAAGCCUUGGAGACUAUAUGAUCUCGGCGUAGCUCUGGGAACCCGCUCACAAAGGCUUGGGGAACUCCCUGAUAUCGAGCGGGCAAUCGCCGCCUACGCACAUGCAGUCGAGCUCACACCCAUGGGUCACCCGCUUAAGCCUGAACGACUUCGUGGCUUCGGCAUAGCUCUACGCGAUCGCUUUCGGAAUCUCGGAGAGCUCAAAGAUCUCGAGGAAUCGAUCGCAGUCGUGCAACGAGCUAUAGAGCUCACGCCGGAAGGGCAUCCUGCAAAGGCCGGACAACUGCACGAUAUCGGUUGCUUUUUGAUCGAUCGCUUUCGGAACCUCGGAGAGCUCCGGGAUCUCGAGCAAUCCAUUGCAGUCAUGCAACGAGCUAUAGAGCUCACGCCGGAAGGGCAUCUUGACAAGGCUAAACAACUGCAGAAUCUCGGUGGUUCUCUGAACGACCGCUUUCGAACCCUCGGAGAGCUUAGAGACCUCGAAGAGUCAAUUGCAGUCAUGCAACGAGCUGUAGAGCUCACGCCGGAAGGGCAUCCUGACAAGGCCAUACGACUGCACGAUCUCAGUAUAAUUCUGCGCGACCGCUUUCAAAACCUCGGAGAGCUCAGGGAUCUCGAGGAGUCAAUUGCGGUCGUGCAACGAGCUAUAAAUCUCACACCGGAAGGACAUCCUGACAAGGCUGCACAAUUGCACAGUCUCGGUGGUUCUCUGAACGAUCGCUUUCUGAGCCUCGGAGAGCUUAGAGACCUCGAAGAGUCGAUUGCAGUCGUGCGACGAGCUAUAGAGCUCACGCCGGAAGGGCAUCCUGCGAAAGCUGGACAACUGCACGAUCUCGGUCGUUUUCUGAUCGAUCGCUUUCGGAACCUCGGGGAGCUCAUGGAUCUCGAGGAGUCGAUUGCAGUUAUGCAACGAGCUUUAGAACUCACGCCAGACGGACAUCCUCGAAAGGCUAUACGAAUGCAGAAUCUCGGUAUAUCUUUGGGUGUUCGCUUUCAGAGCCUCGGAGAGCUUAGAGAUCUGGAGGAGUCAAUUGCAACUGUGCAACGAGCUUCAGAGCUCACACCGGAAGGACAUCCUGACGAAGUCUGGCACAAGGUAACUCUCGGAUACUCAUAUACGGAAAGAUUCAAGCGAAAUCCAAGCAAAGCGAAUCUCGACGCUGCUUUGAGCUGUUUCAUAGAAGCUACUGCAUGUUCGACGGGGAGCAUAUCUAAACGUUGGGAGUCGGCGCAGAAGUGCAUACGGCUUCUCCUCGAUGACCGCGGGGAGUUUGGCUCCGUCGACUCAUUGCUACUCGCGCAUUCGCGCGCGUUGGACCUCCUUCCUGCAAUUGUGUGGCUUGGACACGGCCUUGAAAGACGGUAUCAUGAGUGCGCUAAGAUUGGUAGUGCCGUCAGUGAUGCGGUACACACUGCUAUUUAUAAUGAUGCCUUGCCUUACGCAGUCGGGUGGCUGGAGGCUGGGAGAGCCUUCGUAUGGUUUCAGUUGCUUUCAUUGAGAAUGCCCAUAGAUGAUCUAAAGGGUCACCAUCCCGAUCUUGCGGAGAGAUUGGAGAGCGUGUCGAAGGCGCUACAGUACGCCGAAAGCUCGUCAUCACAUCGCUUCAGCGUGGCUGACUUCCCUGCGUUGGAGUACAGUGUCGAUGCAGCGGCGGAUAGACAUCGUCGACUUGCCAUACAAUACGAUGAGACCCUGCGCAGUAUCCGUCGCUGUUCGGGGUUCGAAGACUUUAAGCGCUCGCCGAAACUCGACGCCUUACUCCCUGCCCUCGAAUACACUGGUGGACCCGUGGUCUUCAUAAACGUGAAUCCGACUUCCUGUGAUGUUGUGGUUCUCUGUUUGGACGGGACUAUGACCCGCAUUACACUACCACAGCUGACAACGCGGCGUGCUCAGAAUCUGCGGGAUCUCUGGACGCGUCAGCUUAAGAUAGCUCAUACGCGUGUACGCAGGGCGAUGGCGCCGGAACAGUUCACCGCACGGGGUACCGGGAGUAUAUUCUGUCAAAUCCUCGCGCGCUUAUGGGCUUGGGUUGUGCAGCCAAUCCUAGGACGUUUGAACCUCUUAAAACAAACCCCGAACGAGGUAUCACACAUAACCUGGUGCCCGACUGGUCCACUCACUCAGCUUCCUCUUCAUGCCGCCGGCAUCUAUGACACAGAGCAAGAGUACAAACCCCACACCUACGACUUCGUGGCAUCGUCGUAUACCCCGUCCUUGUCCGUGAUCCUGCAGAACAGCCGUGGCAGUCGGCAACAAGUGGCGGCCCAGCCGAACCUCCUCUUGAUCGCACAACCGGAUACCCCAGGCCUGAGCCCUCUUCCCGGGACGACGAAGGAAUGCGCUCGCAUCUGCGCAGUGCUCCCUGAUGCAGCAACUACGCUCUUAGAGCACAAGGGCGCCACGGUCGGGCACACGCUCAACAUCAUGGCUCAGCAUCCCUGGGUGCACCUCGCCUGUCACGGAAGACAGGACCCGACGGACCCGACGAAGAGCGCUUUCGCUCUCUACGACGGUCCUUUGACGUUAUUGGCCCUCAUGAACACCGUCGCAGAUAACGCGGAGCUCGCAUUCCUAUCCGCAUGUCAAACCGCUGUAGGCGACGAGAAGAUACCAGAGGAAUCAGCUCACCUCGCGGCCGGGAUGCUUGUGGUCGGGUUUAAGGGCGUUGUGGCGACAAUGUGGUCGAUCGGGGACGAGGACGCGCCUGUCGUGGCAGAGGCAUACUACAAGAAGCUGAUCGAGCUUCGGAGCUCGGGUGCGGUCAAGGCCGGGACGGGUGCGGCGUAUGCGUUGCAUGAGGCGGUGAAGGUUCUGAGAGAGAAGAUCGGCGAACAGAACGUGGUGAAGUGGGCGCCUUUUGUGCAUUUCGGCGUUUGA